CGGGGCUGCAGCGGCGACAGCAGCGCGGUCACGGGAGCAGGGAGCGCUGCGGAGCUUCCUCCACCCCGGCACCGCCCUCCCGCCGUCCCCUGCACCCCCGGGUACCAUCCUGCAUCCCUGGGUAGCGUCCGCAUCCCGGAGAGCAUCCUGCAUCCCUGGGUACCACCUGCAUCCCGGAGAGCAUCCUACAUCCCUGGGUACCACCCUGCACCCCCGGAAAGCAUCCUGCAUCCCGGGUACCACUUGACUCUCCUGUUGUCAGCAGCACUCCUGGGUACCACCCGCAUCCCCGGGUGACACCCCACACCCUCCCGGGUCCCAGAAGCACCCUUGGGCCCUCUCUCCGGGUCUCGUGUCCCCCCCCCAAACUCUUGUCGGUGCCGCCAUGGCCGAGCCCAGCACUGAGUGCAGCAUCAAGGUCCUGUGCCGGUUCCGGCCCCUCAGCUCCGCCGAGAUCCUGCGCGGGGACCGGUUCCUGCCCGUCUUCCAGGGCGAUGACAGCGUCGUGGUGGGGGGCAAAACCUAUGUCUUCGACCGCGUGUUCCCCCCCAACACCACCCAGGAGCAGGUUUACCACGCCUGUGCCAUGCAGAUCGUCAAGGACGUGCUGGCCGGGUACAACGGCACCAUCUUCGCCUAUGGGCAGACGUCCUCAGGCAAGACCCACACCAUGGAGGGGAAGCUGCACGACCCGCAGGGGAUGGGCAUCAUCCCGCGCAUCGCCCGCGACAUCUUCAACCACAUCUACGCCAUGGACGAGAACCUGGAGUUCCACAUCAAGGUUUCUUACUUCGAAAUUUACCUGGACAAGAUCCGGGACCUGCUGGACAUGACCAAGACCAACCUGUCGGUGCACGAGGACAAGAACCGGGUUCCCUACGUCAAGGGCUGCACCGAGCGCUUCGUGUCCAGCCCCGAGGAGAUCCUGGACGUGAUCGACGAGGGCAAGUCCAACCGGCACGUGGCCGUCACCAACAUGAACGAGCACAGCUCCCGCAGCCACAGCAUCUUCCUCAUCAACAUCAAGCAGGAGAACAUGGAGACGGAGCAGAAGCUCAGCGGGAAGCUCUACCUGGUGGACCUGGCUGGGAGUGAGAAGGUCAGCAAGACGGGGGCCGAGGGGGCGGUGCUGGACGAGGCCAAGAACAUCAACAAGUCGCUCUCGGCUCUGGGGAACGUCAUCUCGGCACUGGCCGAGGGCACGAAGGUGUACGUGCCGUACCGGGACAGCAAGAUGACGCGGAUCCUGCAGGACUCGUUGGGUGGGAACUGCCGCACCACCAUGUUCAUCUGCUGCUCCCCCUCCAGCUACAAUGAUGCCGAGACCCGCUCCACGCUGCUCUUCGGGCAGAGGGCCAAGACCAUCAAGAACACGGCGUCGGUGAACCUGGAGCUGACGGCCGAGCAGUGGAAGAAGAAGUACGAGAAAGAGAAGGAGAAGAACAAGGCGCUGAAGGAGACCAUUGGGAAGCUGGAGGCUGAGCUGAGCCGCUGGCGGAGCGGAGAGGCCGUGCCCGAGACGGAGCAGCUGAACGGGGCCGAGGCCGAAGUGGGGCCGGGCGAGGGGCCAGGGCCAGGACCCACCAGCGAGACCCCCCUCAAUGACAACAGCUCCUCCAUCGUCAUCCACAUCUCGGAGGAGGAGCGGCACAAGUACGAGGAGGAGAUCCGCAAGCUCUACAAGCAGCUGGAUGACAAGGAUGAUGAGAUCAACCAGCAAAGCCAGAUCAUGGAGAAGCUCAAGCAACAGAUGCUGGACCAGGAGGAGGUGCUGGCUGCGGCGCGGGGCGGGGGCGAGGCGGCGCGGCGGGAGCUGGCGGCGCUGCGGGCGGAGCACGGCGCGGCGCGGGCCGAGGUGACCGAGGUGCUGGCGGCGCUGGAGGAGCUGGCGCGGAGCUACGACCGCAAAGCGCAGGAGGCGGAGGACAGCGGCCGCCAGAACCGGCGGCUCAGCGACGAGCUGGCGCGCACCGAGGCGCUGUCGCUGUCGCUGCAGUCGGAGCUGCAGCGGGUGCUGGAUCUUGGGGCGCAGCAGCGCUCACGGGCAGCCGAGGUGCUCAAUGGGCUCCUGAGGGACCUCAGCGAGUUCAGCCUUAUCCUGGGCAAUGGCGAGAUCAAGCUGCCGGUGGAGGUGACCGGCGCCAUCGAGGAGGAGUUCGCCGUGGCCCGGCUCUACGUCAGCAAGAUCAAGUCGGAGGUGAAGUCAAUGGUGAAGCGGUGCCGGCAGCUGGAGAACCUGCAGGUGGAAUGUCACCGCAAGCUGGAGGUGACCGGGCGCGAGCUCUCCUCCUGCCAGCUCCUCAUCUCCCAGCACGAGGCGAAGAUCCGCUCCCUGACCGAGUACACGCAGACGGUGGAGCUCAAGAGACGGAGCCUGGAGGAGACCAACGAUGCCCUGAGCGAGGAGCUGGAGCGGCUGCAGUCGCAGGACACAGCGCAGGGGGGAGCCCGGAAGCAGGAUGAGACCCAGGACAUGGACGAGAUCAAGGUGCAGCACUCACAGCUCGGGCGCCUCCGGGACGAGCUCAACGAGCGGCAGAAAACCAUCGAUGAGCUGCGAGACCUGACGCAGCGCCUGGAGCUGGAGCUGCAGAGGCUCCGGGGGGAGCACGAGGAGCUGCGGCGCCAGGAGCAGGCCAAGGCCGCGCGGCUGCAGGAGCUCACGUUCCUCCAUGAGCGCCAUGAACAGUCCAAGCAGGACCUCAAGGGGCUGGAGGAGACUGUGGCCCGUGAACUCCAGACCCUCCACAACCUGCGCAAGCUGUUUGUUCAAGACGUCACGACUCGAGUCAAGAAAAGCGCAGAGCUGGAGCCCGAGGACAGUGGGGGGCUGCACUCCCAGAAGCAGAAGAUUUCCUUUCUUGAGAACAACUUGGAGCAGCUUACAAAGGUUCACAAACAGCUGGUGCGUGACAAUGCAGACCUGCGCCUGGAGCUGCCGCGGCUGGAGCGGCGCCUGCGCACAACGGCUGGCCGCGUGCACGCGCUGGAGGGCGCGCUGAGGGACGCGAAGGAGGGCGCGCGCCAGGAGCGGCGGCGCCACCUGCUGGAGGUGGAGCGCGUCCGGCUGGCGGCGCGCGCGCGGGGGGCGGGGCGGCGCGGAGCGAGCGCCGUCAUCGCCAAACCAGUGCGGCCGGGGCAGGGGCCGGCGGCGUCACCCACCGGCGGCAGCUCCAGCAGCGGCGGGGGGCCCCUGCCCGGCCCGCGGGGCCUCAGCCCCCUGGACACCUUCCAGCAGCUCAAUGUGGAUAAUGGGAACAUGACAGACAUCAAUGACAACAGGAGUGACCUGUCCUGUGCCUAUGAGGCUGAAGAGCAGCCCCUGCUCUUCCCCCUGCGCCAGGAGACAGCGGCCAGCUAGUGCCCCCCCGCCAGGUCCCGCCGGACCCGCCUCCGCUCGCAUGUCCCGGUGUCACCUCGUGUCCCGUCUGCUCGCGCCCCCCCACGGCGAGGGGGGGCCCCCCCCAGCCCAGGACCCCCCCAGGACCCCCCCGUCCCUGCUGGGGGGUCCCCCGGGACUGGGGGUGCUGCUUCGAGAUGCCUUAACCCGCACCUAUGGGGGCUGUCAGGGGCCCCCCCCCGACCCCAGCCCCCAAGUGGGGGUCACCCCCCUCCUCCCGCUUGGCCUCUCGGCUCUGCGCCCCCCCCCCGUGUGUGUCCCCCCCCCGCUGCGAUUCAAUAAAGGACCGGAGCUGAG